AUGGCUUCUCUUUAUGCUUCUCUUCGUUCCCUUCUCCCUCUUCACUUCAUUCAGGGCAAGCGUUCCACAUCUGAUCAAGUGAAUGAGGCUGCAAACUACAUAACCUAUCUACACAGGAAGAUCAAGGAGCUGAGUUCGAAGAGAGAUGAGCUAAUGUUACUGUCUAGAGGAAGCUUCUCUGAUGAUUCUAAGGAUGAGAUGAAGAUGGUGAAUCACGUGGUGGUUCGUCACUGUUUGGCGGGUCUGGAAAUAGUGUUUAGCAGCCGCUGCUGUGGUGGCCAACCACGGCUCUCAAGUGUUCUUCAAGUGCUUAGUGAAAAUGGUCUCUCCCUUAUUAACUCCACCUCCUCUAUUGUUGAUGAUAGGGUUAUUUACACCAUACAAGCUGAGGUCAACGAAUUGACCUUGAUUGACUUCGGAAAACUUAAAGAGAGCUUAAUCAGAAUGAAGUAAUAAAAUGGUUGUUGAGAGUUGUUAAUUUAACUUUUCAAGGAAUGACUUAAUAAGUACGUAGUUUAUCUUUACUUGUAUUAUUGGGUUGUGUUAGCUUCACAUUUUUUUGUAUCAUUGUAUGUAUUAUUAUUCCACGUAAGUCGGAUGCGAUUAAAUUCUUUAGUUGUUUUUCUGGAUCGAAAAGUCCGUUUUUCAGUAAGCGGGACUAUAUAUUUUCAUUUCUAUAACUAAAGGAUCCAGAAAAACGGACGUCGAUGGACUGGUUUUGGGUAGCAAUUUUCAUUUCCAAUUUUUCGAUAUGGCUUUAGGGUAGCAGGACUGGUUGAUAUUAUACAGUACUUGGCGUAAGUUUGUUUCCUUAUGCAUGAAUAAUGUAUAGUAUCAACGUCUG